GCACUGUUUGAUUUACCUUGCACGCGUCUUUUACAGCCAGCAAGUAAUCGGCACCAUAUUACAAGAUGUCAGGAUUCGCCCCGAUCAAUCCUAAGCCUUUCCUGCAAGAUUUAACAGGCAAAGAGGUUGUCGUGCGCCUAAAAUGGGGCAAGACAGAAUACAAAGGAAUUCUGAUCUCAGUGGAUUCGUACAUGAACCUGCAGCUCGAUAACGCUGUUGAGUUUGUCGACGGAGAGAAUAAGGGUAGCUUGGGAGAGAUCAUGGUCAGAUGUAACAAUGUUCUUUGGGUCAACGAUGCUGGAAGCCUUGAAGGCGACGAACCUAUGAAAGAUGAAUAAAGUCGCGGGCAUGUAUGGGGAAAAAGCUGUUCUGGUUUGCUUACGAUAGAACGACGUGAUAAAGAAAAAUCUACUGUACGAUAUAUAUUGGUCUCUCAACUAAUGUUACAAUUCCCGCUCAAGCAUUACCUGAUUCUUAGAGCAUU